CCACACGUUCUUCUUCCUAUAAAGAAACUUAUUUUCUUCAAAUCCACAAGACAAAAACUGUUUUGGUUGAGAGAAUGGAAAUAGUGAAGUCGAGAUUCAAGAGGGUUUGUGUGUUCUGUGGAAGCAGCAGUGGAAACAGAGAGUGUUACAGAGAUGCUGCCAUUGAUCUAGCUCAAGAGCUGAUUAAGAAGAGAUUGAAUCUUGUGUAUGGGGGAGGAAGCAUUGGCCUCAUGGGUUUGGUCUCACAAGCUGUUCAUGAAGCUGGAUGUCAUGUGCUAGGGAUCAUACCAAGGACUCUUAUGGACAAAGAGAUCACUGGAGAAACAUAUGGUGAGGUAAGAGCUGUGGCAGAUAUGCAUCAAAGGAAAGCUGAAAUGGCAAGCCACUCCGAUUGUUUCAUCGCAUUACCAGGUGGGUAUGGAACACUGGAGGAGUUGUUGGAAGUAAUAACAUGGGCACAACUUGGAAUCCACGACAAGCCUGUGGGUUUGUUAAAUGUGGAUGGUUAUUACGAUUACCUCCUCACCUUCAUUGAUAAAGCCGUUGAUGAUGGCUUUAUCAAGCCAUCUCAGCGUCACAUCUUUGUCUCUGCCCCUAAUGCCAAAGAACUUGUUCAAAAACUUGAGGCAUAUGAGCCUGUGAGUGAUGGAACCAUAGCAAAAUCAAAGUGGGAAGCUGAGAAGAAAGUGCAACAGGCGCAACAACAACAACAAGUAGUGUUCUGUUCUAACACAAGCAUCCAGACUGAGAUUGCUCUUUAGACUUUUAGAGGGUCUUUUGUCGAAAGAGUAUUCAAGGUCCAGGGAUAAAAGUCAGUGGGAAUUAUAAAGUUUGUUGUACUACAUAUUAUUUUGCUUCUAUCAAUUAAACUUCUAAUUUAGAUUAAGAAAAUGCUGCUACAAAAUUCCAAUAUUCAGAAGAUUAAACUAAAGUUGCAGAUGCCCUUAAUUCAAUCAAUGAAAACUUUUCUUCAGAGCAUUUAUAUAAUUUAUGUUAGUUAAACCUUCACUUGGAAUCAGAACUUGCAUCUACUACCUGAGUUUUUUUAUCUCUUGAUUUUUUGUCUGUUCUUAUGUUUAGGAAGAAAGAAGAAAUGAAAGAAAUUA